UGUUUACAUUGGGAUUUGGCCAACCGUUGAGGGUGACAGGAUUUGAAAUUACUUUAGCACUGAUGUGCUGGCUGCAACGGACCAUAACGGGGUGCAUUUUAGAACGAACACUUUGCUCAUCGCAAUAGACGCGAGAUAAUGUCAUUCAUGGGUAUUCAUCGUACCCUCCGUUAAGCUAUUCACAAUGAAUCAUGAUUACAGCGAAUCUUUGUUCAGCGCGAAAGUAAGUAUACUCUUCAGAAAAUAGUGAACGUUGUAAUAGAUUAGUCUCGUUUCUAAUGUUAAUGUUAAUCACAUAUUUUGAAAUUGUACACUGCUGGAAUAUAUUAGAAGAUACACUGAUAACGAUUGAUUUCAGAAAUUUAUGUAGAUAGGUACAUGCAUCUUUCCGAGAAUAUAUAAUCGAUUAAAUGUGUAAAAUUCUUAUUUGUCAUUUUUUCCUUUAACGAUCUUAUUUACAUAUAAUGAUCGUUCAUUUAUAUUACGAGCUUGGAUCUUGCGAUAUCGAUCUCAGGAAGCAAUUAAAAUCACUGGUCCGAAUCCUUUAAGAAAAGUACAUACUUGCUUCUUUGAAUCUAUCUUUGUUACGCUUUACGAGUUGGAGGUCAUUGCAAUUUUCUACAAUAAUGAUUGUCAUUACUAUAUAUACUAUAUACAUCCGCUAUGACUAUUUAUCCCUUCUUUAAAAUAACAUGCAUCCUGAUACAAGUAUUUUAUGAAAAAUCAGUGUCCCCAGUAUAUUCGCAAACGAACAAUGAAAAUGCAAACGAGAAUAAUUCUCACCGGUUGUUUUGUGAUCAUGAUUUUUAAUAAUUUUAGCACGAGUGUCAAAGUUUCGUCAAAAGUCGAUUUGGAUUCCAACGAAAAUGAAGAAACAUUAGACAAUCCGACCUUCACGAUCUUAAAUUUAAAAAAAUCUGCUAAUUCACCAGAAUCAAUUUUGCGUACAUCUAAUCCAUCGACAUUAAUCUGGCAUCAGGGAAACGAGUUCGUAAAAGAACCGAGAAAAAGAAGGAUCUAUACAUUGCACGAAAAUUCAGCAAAACAACCAAAAAUAAUCAAUAAUAUUCAAGUCGUUGUGAAUAACAACGAUAGUAUACCAAACGAAAAUUCUUGCAAAUAUAGUAUUUGUAACGUAUCCAUUUCCUCGAAAUCAGACGAAAAAGGAAAUAUUGUCACCGAAGUGUAUUUUAGCAUUAUUACGAAAGCAAAACCGAAUAUUAAGAUUGAUGAUGUUCCAGUAAUCAAUAGUUUUCGAGGUAUCAAUGAGGACUAUGAGCAACCAAUUUUUCAUUCAAUAAAUUCGCCACGUUCAAUAGACGCGCAUUUAUAUUUUAAUAACAUUCCACAGGUUCAAUCUAAUUAUCAUGGGUAUAAUGAGCCCAGAUAUGGACGAACUUUUCGGCAGCCUCAUCAAAUGAAUUGGAAUUAUCAUUUUGGAAAUCAUGAUAACGUGAAAUUUCGAGAUCAUAACACAUGGGUACGAGAUAGACCUAUAGUGGAUGAUAAAAUUGAACCGCCACUUAGCAAGACCAAACUCAGCGACGACACAUAUUAAUUAUAAAAUAAUUUAUUAAAUUGUGUGUAAAACUUUAAUGAUGUAAAU